GCGUCCUCCGCAGCCAUAGAGACAACGCCACCUCUACGUUCUACGUCAUCCUUGCGUGCUCGGUUGCUGAGCAACCGUAGAUCGUAUGAAGCAAAGGAUACAAAGAAGAGUGUAAGCCUCUGAGCCAAGAUGCCACGCUCUGCAGCCAAGUCCCAAGCUGACAAGCGUAGAUGUAGGUCGUCUGUCCAUGUGACCACACCUCCACCGCAGGACCUGGAAGAUAUCAUCCCUGGUCGCUUAACUCAGGCACAAUGGAUGGACAUGUUGACCCAGGAGGAUGCAGAUGAGACAGUGGGAGAGAUCAUGGAGGAACUGUUGAGCAAGGUCAUGGAAGGCUGUUUAAAGGUGUACAUUAAAAGACAGCUAAAGCUAGAACUUUUCUCCGCAUCCUGGGCCAAGAGCUACCUCACACAGAUUCUAGAGCAGAAAAUCCUGUGCCUAGAUGAAGGAGAAGGACCAGAGGAAGCAUCUGAAACAGAAGACUCAGAGCCUAUGCCAGCAACUUCCAAUGCCUGGGCUCAAGGAUGUAUGCCUGUUGUAAACGAUACCCCUCGACCUCACCCCGCCUCACAACAGGAGGCUGACAUUAACCAGGUCCCAGCACAAACAGAGCCAAGAGUCAACCAGCAAUGUAACGUUGUGGCCCAAACAAACAGCUCUCCAAAGCAAUCUGAAAAGGAAAUAAGUUCCUGGAGGCCUGUCGCUGACAAGCACAAUAAAGUGCUUUGUCCUCGCUCCCCACCAAAAGUUGAUCAAAGGAAAAAGCAGCAGGUUAAUUUACCUCCCAAGCCUGUUCCAGGCAAAUUACUGCCGUCCCUGUCCUGUUCAGUGGAAAAAAAGGAUGUGAAAGUAGAGGGUAAAAAUAGGACACAUUCUGUUUAUAACCAUAGGACUGGAUCAUUAUAUCAGCAUAAGGACUACCAACCCAUACCAAGGCUUGAUCACUCCUGCCUGCCUCAACACUGUAUCUUUCCUCAGUAUGAGAUCCUGGAUAACAACUACACAAAACCCAACUCCAAGAAACCAAGUGGACUAUCCAAACUAGAACCAAGAUGUAACAAGCAGCAAACUGAGUGGACUGUAACCUCGCUGAAGCCAUUAACCAGCUCCAAGGAUCAGCCAGCAAAGUUUCAGAGGAGAAAUGAGGCAGAUGUCUGGCUGAAGAAAUUGUCUCCCUCUAGACAUAGAAAGGAAGGGAUGUUGUCCUCUGGGCCUGUGAGGCUGGACACAAUGGCUUUGACCGAGGGUGUUUCUCUCCUGGAUCCCCAGGCAGUUGAAAUGAAUCCUCUCCAAUUUAACCCUCCUGCCCAGUCUACCAAGCUGAGGCUGAUACGAAGUGAUGCAGCUAUGCCACUGUUUUCAGUUGAUCAGGUUACCACAGGUCCACCACCUCGAAUCACCCCAUUGUUUCAGUCCAAGAAAUGGGACAACUGAUUAUAAAAUUUAGUGAUAAUACAUGUCUGUGGCUAUAUUUACAGCAGAAUGAGCUAUACGUUAAUGAAACAAAAAGAUCCUUUUAAUACAAGAACAGGUCAUAUAAUCUCUGCUAUAGGCUAAGUUGUGAAAGAUGAUUAUAUAUUAUAAGAUAAUAUAAGAUUCUGACUCAAUAUAUAUGUUAUAUAUAUAUAUAUAUAUACAUAUAUAUAUAAAAUAGUACCUGAUAAACUGUGAAUACAAUAUACAUGGUUACAGUAUGUACAUAUAUAUAUAUAUAUAUAUAUAUAUAUAUAUAUAUAUAUAUAUAUAUAUAUAUAUAUAUAUAUAUAUAUAUAUAUAUAUAUAUAUAUAUAUAUAUAUAAGAAAGCUAUGUGUUCUAUCAAUGCCUCCCACAAAAUAUAGCAAAGAUAUCGAUAGAUAGAAGUACCUCAUAAAAACUACAACACUGAAAUAAGGAUGUGUAUUUUGUUUGUAUGUAUAUUAUACUAAUUCAUUUUCUGUGUCUUCAUGUACACUCAAUUUCCAGUUUAAUAGGUACAUCUAGCUAAAACUAAUGACGUCUAAUACAACAGUCCUGCAAUAAAUCCCUCCGUCAUGAAGGUUAUAAUGUUCCAUUAUUGUUGAAACUCUUAGAGAGCUGUUGAUUCACUGCAUGGUCCUUUUGGAGGCUGUAGUUUGUGGUGCUGUUGAAUUGUAUUGCAUUAUACUGACUGAGGUGUUUCUAUUAUUUUGUCCACCCCAUUUAUAUCAAUGAGGGUAGCAUAAAUAACAGAAACACCUGUCUGUAUAACACAGUACAAUUCAACAGCACCACAGACUACAUCCUCCAAAAUGACCAUAGUUGAAUCAACACCUCUUAUAACCUUCAUGAAGGUAGGGUUUAUUGUAGGACUGUUGUGCUGCAUUAGUUUUAGCUAGGUGUACCUAAUAAACUGGCAACUGAGUGUAUGCACAUAUCAUGCACACCAAUAAUAAUCUGUACCAGCUGCAAACAUCUGCCAUAGAUGUGUAGUGAUUUGAAUGAAAAAUAGCAAUAAAAACAGAUAAAUAUGAUCAUA